AUGAGUUCCAACGGAAACAACACUGAUAUGAUGGUUGAUGAGCCAAUUCCUGUCAAGCUUGAUACCAGUCCUUCAGGGCCGAGCAAGCGCCUCUCUGUCAGGUCGUCAAAGUUUGACCGUGGCAGCAAGGGAUUUCUGGAUGAAGAAGAGCAGCUUCUAAGGAAGUAUGAUCUCAAUGGAGAUGGCAAGAUUGAUGCUGGAGAACUUUUCAACAUUGUGGCUGACCUCAAGAAGGAGCAUGGAAAGAAGAAGAACCUCAAGAAGGGACUUGGCAUCUCUUUAAUUGCACUUGUUUUGCUCCUUACCAUGUCCUUUGGUCUUGUCUGGGCAGUCGUGGCCCUCACCAAAGAGGUUGUGGUGGAUAGCAGUGGACACUUGGUGGACUCCCAUACUGGACUAGUUGUGGAGACCAGGCCUGAGGCCAGUCUCAUUGCACUCACUGCUGACAGCAGCUUCACUCGCAGGUUUCUCAUGAGGAAGCUACAAGAUUCAGUUGGGUUGGACGCGGCAAGGUCCAAUGAUCUGGACGAAGAAGGAAGGGAGAAACUUGGAACUGCUCCCAAGAGUGACAUCACAGGCUCUUAUACGAAGUUCCAGCGUAACUCUGAAAACUGCAAUGCUGUGGUGACUGUGGAUGGCGUGGAGUAUACACGCACAAUGAACCUUGGACGCAUGGGCAGACGGGUGGAUGAAGUUGAAGACACUCGCAAUCGCAAUUUGAAUGGUGAUGGUGAAGGAGAUCGCCCUCGUCAUCGCCGUAGGGCUCGAUACCAGAGUAUCUACAUGGAUUCCGACCCUGAUCAGGAGUUCCAGGUGGACUGUGAUGAGGACACGGAUGAAGACUGUGAGGUAUACUCUGUUGGUCAUUUCGUAACACCAUCAUCUGGCCGAAGAUUGGAUCAAGUUUCUGCGUCACAAUGUGAUGAUGAUGAUGAUUGCAACGGUGGCUUUGAAUGCCAGAAAAUCUGGGGAGUCGGAUACUGCAAGUGUGAUGUGGACACAGAUUGUGAUUACCUUCUUGAGAGUGGUGGUGCCCACUACAGUUACCGAACCUACACGAAUGUGGAUGCUCAAUGUCCCAGUUCCUAUGUGUGCAGAACCUACUAUGACUGCUUCUCUGGCUCCAUGACAACCAUGACACCUGAGGGGCCCAAGAGAAUGGAUGAGCUGAAGAUCAAUGACCUGGUGCUGACUUCCUCUGGCCAAUUCCAAAAGGUAUAUGCUUGGCUCCACAGGACUCCUGAAAAGCUUGCUGCAAGUCAAGCCAGGGAAUCAGAGUACCUCCAGAUUGUCACAGAGACUGGAAACAAGAUUGAAAUGACCCCCAAGCACAUGAUCUACAUCAACGACAAGCAGUACCCUGUGGAGGCUGGCCAUGUUAUGGUCGGCGACUACUUGUCCCUCAUGGAGUCUGGUCAUGCCGCCACCACCACCAAGGCCGCCAAAGUGACCGCCAUUAACACUGUCAAGCUCAUGGGAGGCUUCUCUCCUGCCACUGAGGAUGGAACUAUUGUUGUCAACGGUCUUCUUGCCUCCUCCUACAACAACCCUCGCUACACUGAUAAUGAAUAUGUGUUGGUUGCUGGAAAGCCCUUGAUGCACAGGCAGACAUUCACCCACUUGAUCACCUCUCCCCUUAGGUUGCUCUGUAUUCAUGUCAGCAGCUCCUUCUGCGAGGUGGAUAUGGAUGAGGAAGCAUUCUUGCCUUUCUCCAAGGGCGUUGACAAGCUCUAUGUUGCCUCUGCAGAUGCUGGAGUUGUGGAUACUGUGUUGAUGCUGACAGGCUUUGUAGGAAUGCUGGCCCAUGGAAUUGAGCUGUUCUUCAAGAUGUUUGGCCUUCCCUUGAUGGCCUCUGGGUGUGUUCUUGCCAUUAUCAAUGCUGUGGCACCCUUCAACUUCAACAUGCAGAUUGUGAGCAAGGCCAAGAAGGUUGACUAA